GACUGAGCAGGCCGGUGGGAGGAGGCACGUUUCCUAGGCAGGCAAUGCCUUAGCCACCUGGCAGGAUUGAGUCGCCUAGCAACAACGGGGUCCUUCCUGGCUCGGCGGCGCUCUGGGCCUGAGGGGUGAAAACCGCCGCGGAGGGCGCUGGGGCCAGCGGUGGCGGGGUAGGAGGCGGCAACAUUUCGGUAACUCGGGCUUAACGGCGCCGGGGGACCGGGCCUCUGAGUCUGCAGGGAGAUGAACGCAGCGGAUAAGGUCCUGGUGGGGCCCGCUAAUAGCGGGCCUGCGCAGCCAGAGGAAGAGGAGGGCGAAACGGGCGGGAAAGAGCCGGGGGCAGACGCGGCCCCCGGGCCCAGCUCCUCAUUUCGCCUCCUGGUGACUCGGCGGGAACCGGCCGUGAGGCUGCAGUACCCGGUGAGCGGCCUGGAGCCGCUGGCCUGGUCUGAAGACCACCGCGUGUCGGUGUCCACGGCGCGCAGCAUUGCAGUGCUGGAGCUCAUCUGCGAUGUGCACAACCCGGGCCAGGACCUGGUUAUCCACCGCACCUCGGUGCCCGCCCCUGUCCACAGCUGCCUCCUCAAAGUUGGCUCAAAAACGGAAGUUGCUGAGUGUAAGGAGAGAUUUGCUACUUCUAAGGACCCCGCUAUCAGUCAGACUUUCAUGUUGGAUAGAGUGUUCAACCCUGAGGGAAAGGCCUUGCCACCACUGAGAGGAUUCAAAUACACAAGCUGGUCCCCCAUGGGUUGUGACUCGAAUGGCAGGUGCCUUCUGGCAGCACUGACCAUGGACAACCGUCUGACCAUCCAGGCUAACCUCAGUAGACUACAGUGGGUCCAGCUGGUCGAUCUGACUGAGAUUUAUGGAGAACGUCUAUAUGAGACCCGCUAUAGGCUCUCCAAGACCGAGGCCCCAGAGGGGAACCUGGGCGAUUUUGCUGAGUUUCAGAGGAGACACAGCAUGCAGACACCAGUCAGGAUGGAGUGGUCAGGCAUCUGCACCACUCAGCAAGUCAAGCAUAACAAUGAGUGCCGAGAUGUGGGCAGUGUGCUUCUGGCAGUCCUCUUUGAGAACGGUAACAUUGCUGUAUGGCAAUUUCAGCUACCCUUUUUAGGAAAGGAAUCCAUCUCUUCAUGCAACACAAUUGAAUCAGGCAUCAAUUCUCCUAGUGUUUUGUUUUGGUGGGAAUAUGAGCACAAUAAUCGGAAAAUGAGUGGCCUUAUUGUGGGCAGUGCUUUUGGACCUGUAAAAAUUCUACCCGUCAAUCUCAAAGCAGUUAAAGGCUAUUUCACAUUGAGGCAGCCUGUUGUUUUGUGGAAAGAAAUGGACCAAUUGCCAGUGCAUAGCAUCAAAUGUGUACCACUUUACCACCCUUACCAGAAGUGUAGUUGUAGCUUAGUGGUGGCUGCAAGAGGAUCCUAUGUGUUCUGGUGUCUCCUUCUCAUCUCCAAAGCAGGCCUGAAUGUUCACAAUUCCCAUGUCACAGGCCUUCACUCAUUGCCAAUUGUCUCCAUGACUGCAGACAAGCAGAAUGGGACGGUCUAUACUUGUUCCAGCGACGGAAAGGUGAGGCAGCUGAUUCCCAUAUUCACAGAUGUUGCAUUAAAGUUUGAACACCAAUUGAUUAAGCUCUCAGAUGUGUUUGGUUCAGUGAGGACACAUGGGAUAGCAGUGAGCCCCUGUGGUGCAUACUUGGCUGUCAUUACAACAGAAGGCAUGGUCAAUGGCCUCCAUCCUGUUAACAAAAACUACCAGGUCCAGUUUGUUACCCUAAAAACCUUUGAAGAGGCUGCUGCUCAGCUCCUGGAAUCUUCAGUUCAAAAUCUCUUUAAGCAGGUAGAUUUACUAGACCUAGUACGCUGGAAGAUCCUAAAAGAUAAACACAUCCCUCAGUUUUUACAAGAAGCCUUGGAAAAAAAGAUUGAAAGCAGUGAGGGUACCUAUUUUUGGCGUUUCAAGCUUUUUCUCCUAAGGAUUCUAUAUCAGUCAAUGCAGAAAACCCCUUCAGAAGUCUUGUGGAAACCCACCCAGGAGGACUCCAAAAUCUUAGUGGUUGAUUCACCUGGUGUUGGCAAUGCUGAGGAUGAACAGCAAGAGGAAGGCAUGUCUUCUAAACAGGUGAAUAAGCCAGGGCUUCAGGAAAAGAACAAAGAAGGUGAUCCAGAUGACCCCAUAGAUGACUCACUCACCCAGGCUGGGGAAAUGGGAGGCCGCGAGCCAAUGGAAGAGAAGCUUCUUGAAAUCCAAGGGAAAAUCGAGGCUGUGGAAAUGCACUUGACCAGAGAGCACAUGAAGCGAGUCUUAGGAGAAGUGUAUCUGCACACCUGGAUCACAGAAAACACUAGUAUUCCCACCAGGGGACUUUGUAACUUUUUAAUGUCUGAUGAAGAGUAUGAUGACAGAACAGCACGGGUGCUGAUUGGACAUAUCUCAAAGAAGAUGAACAAGCAAACCUUCCCUGAGCACUGUAGUUUGUGUAAAGAGAUCUUGCCAUUCACAGACCGCAAACAAGCAGUCUGUUCCAAUGGCCACAUUUGGCUCCGGUGUUUUUUAACAUACCAGUCCUGCCAGAGUUUGAUAUACAGAAGAUGUUUGCUCCAUGACAGCAUUGCCCGCCACCCAGCUCCAGAAGAUCCUGACUGGAUUAAGAGGUUACUGCAAAGUCCCUGCCCUUUCUGUGACUCUCCUGUUUUCUGAAUGUCCGUGGCAGGAAGAUGGAAAGAGCAUGUGCACUGCUACAGAAAAAUACCCUCUAGUCUGAAGACAUAGGAUGUGAGAAGGCCCGACGUUCAGAAGUAAAGAGAUGGUCUUCAUGAUUAUAAAUCGGACCCUGGGAACUCAUUUUGGAAGUACAUUCUCUGUCUCAAGGGGCUGAAGAUAUCUUUAAAGUGACUAAAUGCAGAGAUUUUAAGAGAUACGCUGCCCGGUCCCCGGUCCCCCCCCCCCCCCCCAUGCAUUGAGGAACGCUUGUUUUUUAGGUGUCUUCAUUGAAGUAGUAUGAACAAAAAUGCCCUAUCAUUUCCAGGAACAGAAUGAUCUCAGAGAGUUUGGGUGAGGGUGUUGCCGAACUGAGUUAGGCUUUAAUCCUUGCUGUGGUCUGGAACUGCCUCCCCACUCUAGAGAGCUUAACUACCCGGUACAGGCUAUUCAGUGUUCCACCAGAUAUUAAAAGCAUCUAAAACAAUGUAUGGGCCUGAUAUUUUGUCAAAAGGUAGUCACAGAUCUGUAUCCCACCCAUUCUUACUUGAAUUUUGUGUAUAUUAAAAAAUCAUUUUCCUAAAACUGUAUUUUUAAGAAGUUGAAGCCAAGGCUGAAUUUCAUUUAAAUGUGUCAGAAGCCAAGUAACUCUUACAAGUUAAUAAUUGUGACUUAUUUUAAUAAUCUUGCAUUUAAUCAUUUUUUCAUCCCACUUCUUGAUGUGUAUAAGAAAAUGAAGUCCUCCGGUUCACCUAUGUCAUAUCCCUAUUUCAAACCUAACUGAGAUCAGGUUAUUUGUACAUAGAAGAGAGUAUUUUCUCCUUUUAGUAUUCAAUGGAAACUUAGUAUUUUUACUGUUGACAUUUACAGACAUUUCAUUUAUAUCUGGGGUAGGCAUAUUCACAGUCUUAACUAGAAACUUGUAGAAAGAGACAGUAUAGCAGUGAGGACACUAAAGCUCUUUUGUACAAGUGUACAGCUCAUUCGAGCAGGACCUGGUGGUUUCUUCUCUCUACAAAGGUCCUUGAUUUUUUAUAUUACAAGUAUUUUUCUGUGAGCUAUUACAAAGAGAUGCUAGAUGUUAAUUGGUGUUAAAGCUAAAAUUAAAAGUAGACACUGAAUUACAGUGUUCCUGGUUGGCUUUUUAAAGUAAGUAUUAGGACUUGGUGCUAAUCAACAAGACUGUAAUGUACACACAUCUUGAAAUGGUACGUAUUUCUGAAAGUUGAAUGAGAAACACAAAAAGUACAAUUCUGGCUUGUAAUCUAUGCUAAUCUGUUUGCAUAAAUUCCUGCUUCUUUUAUAUCGUUAGCAAAAGCCACCUGUCUUUACUCUCGACUAUUUGGUGUUUGGGUUACACUGUAACAGAAACAUGCCAGACCUACCCUUCUGUUCUAGGAGCCUAAGAACAUUUUAAGAGGCAUUUCCAGACUCUACUUUGCAGUGUUUUUUGUUUUUGCUUCCUGUUCAAAUUGUAUUUUGUCUCCUGUAGUUUAAAGUAUGUAUUUGCUGGGGUCUUCUGCUUGUUUCUUAUUUUGGUGAUAAUUUCAAGAAUAAUGUUUAUCUAGAUUUUGGAGCCCAACGAUUAAAUUGACUUUGAAUAAAGAGAUCCAGGUGGCAUUAAUAUCAUGAGUAACACAGCUCAGAAGGUGAUGUGAGUUAUAUUCAUUUCUGCCUGUAGUUAUUUCACUUAACAAUAAUACAACAAUAAAAGUCGAGAUCAUGACAAGGGAAUUUUUGCAAUUUAAUAAUCAUGGCAUGCUUAGUUUCACUUUUUGUUUUGUUCCUAAAGCCAGCAGUUGAUUUGUUUUUGUUGGGAAAUUUUGUGCUGCUGUCAUUUAAAACAUACAUUGUUUUAUUUAAAGCAGUGAUGCAUUUGGGGAGAAAUUUAAUUAUUUGGAGUUUAAAUGGGAUCUUCUGAACAUUUUGUAUGUCAGUCUAGGAAUUAACAUGGCAACUGUCUUACUAGAACAUGACUUCUCUGAAGGAACUUGACCCAAGGACAUUCUCUAUUAUUAUUAUUUUUUAUUGGGCAGAGAGAAAUUGAGAGGGGGAAUGACAGGGAGACAUCAUCCUUCAUCACUUGUCAAGCUUUUCCCCUGCAGGUGGGGACCAGGGGCUUGAACCUGAGUCCGCACAUUGUAGUAUGUGUACUCAACCACUACUCAGCUCCCCCAAGGACAUUCUUAAGACUUAAGACUCAAAUCCAGCCAGUGCCUGCCCAAAUCCAGCCCAAAUUUCUGUAGACCUAGUUUGGAGACUUUCCCUAUCUAUCCUCGCUGCCUCCCCCACACCCCAAUUAACACAGGUGAAUCCACUGACCCAUGAGAAUAAGACAAUUUGAAAUAAUGGCAGCAUCAUAUACAGUGCUUCUGACUUCACUGAUGACAGUAUUAAACAAUAGGGAUACCUUGGAAAAUUAGGAGUGGCAUCAGAAAUCCUGAGAAUAUUUGCCUCUUCUGGUUUAAACUAUCAUGCCCUCUUUCCUAAAAUCUGCCAGAUCUGUUUAGUAGAUUUUAAGUUUAUUUCAGCUGUCAUCAUAAAAUAAAUGGUAGAAAGGCUUGCUGUACUGUUAUAAAGUGUAGGAGCAAAGGUUGACAUGAUGAGGCCUUUUUAAAAUAUAAUACCAUUGCAUUUUAGAGCUGUGAUGUGAUGUCCAUAGCAGUAUCACAUCUCAUCCUGCCUCAGUCCAUUUUUUCCUAUUCUAGAUGAGAAAUUGAUAGCUUGUUGUGCUUGAUGUUCAUUCUGAAAUCCUCCUGUGUCUAUUGCCGAGAUUGAAAACAGACUCUACUGAGUAUCUGUCAUUCCUGCUAAAACCACCAGUUAUGAUUCAGUGUCAAGUUAUUAGAGCCAUCAGCAAAACUUUGGUUGAGUGACAUUUUUCUGUUCAAAAGGUCUUUGAAGUGGUUGAAGCCUGUGGCUUGGACCUCUUAGCAAGUUAAUUAAGUUAAAAGAAUGUUCAGGGGUGGUAAUUAAACAGUAAAGCCCAUUCUGUUACAAUUAGAAGAAAUACAGUGUUGAAGAAAUAGAUGCUUAUUCGUGUUUGUGAAGAGGAUAUAGUGCUGGUUUCCUGCGACAUCUAAUCCACUUGCAGUAAUUAAACAAUCAGUUUGGUGAGUCGCUGCAGUUCCUAGGAUUAAACUAGGUAAUCAGCAUCCAUGUCCACAGUCACUGCAUCCUUUCUCUUCCUCCUCUUUAUUUUCCUUUAUGUAAGGGUGCUGUUGAUUUCCAUGUUUUAAAUAAAUAAGAGUAGUGGUAACAUUUCUAAGAGUUAAGUCAUGUAGAACAGGGGUGAUGAAUGUCCAACCUAGGGGCUGUAUGUAGUCCAUGGAUUCAUUUGAUCUGGCCCUGCAAAGGCAGUGAUCACCCUUAACCUUUUUUCACUGUAACAUUAAGUGCUAAUUUUUUAUUUAAUUUUUUAAAUUUGAUUUUAUAUUGCCACUAGGGUUAUGGCUCUGACUUAGUGCCUACAAUGACUCCACUGCUCUUAAUGGCCAUUUUUUCCUUUCUCUGUUUUUUUCUUUGAUAAGACAGAGAAAAACAGGGUGAUUAUGGAGUAGGAGCUGUUGCAGAUAGCUCUCCUAAUAAAUAGGAAAAAGACAAAAAAAAUCACUUGAAGACUCAACAAACUACAAUCAGGAUUUCUCUAGCAACUCAUUAAGCCACAAAAGUCAAAGAACUCUCCCAGUGUUUAUACUACUGAAAUAAAUGCUUGGAUAUUUUUAUAAAGGUAAAAAAAAUAAAAUGAGAGUUAGAGAGAGAUAUCCACAGCACUGCUUCACCACUUGUGAAGCUUUCCCCCUGCAGGUGAGGAGCAGAGGCUUGAACCUGGGUCCUCAUGAAGGGUAAAGUGUGUUCUUUACCCAGUUUACCAUGGCCCAGCCUUCAGUUGAUAAGUUUGGCCUGUGAGUGAUACAGUUAUCCAUAUAACAGAGGAGGCUCCCCACCUCCUGAAUUGUGGAUGGUCUCCCUAGGAAAAAUUAUUUCUAAAGGUAAUAGUGUUAUUUGUUAACAACUUGGUAAACUAUCCAGAACUCUGGUGGUGGGAAUUAUGUGGAAUUGUAACCCUGUUAUCUUACAAUCUUGUUAAUCAUUAUUAAAUCACUAAUAAAAAUGUUCAAAAAAUCA